AUGGCUGAGAAUAACCUCACCACAGUAACCGAGUUCAUGCUCAUGGGCUUUACUGACCAUCCGAGCUGGGAGAUCCCCCUCUUCCUGGUGUUUCUCAGCUUCUAUCUUGUCACCAUUCUUGGGAACUUGGGCAUGAUCAUUCUCAUCCAGGUGGAUGUCCAACUCCACACCCCAAUGUACUUCUUCUUGAGCCACCUUUCUCUGUUGGAUGCCUGCUAUGCCUCAGUCAUCACCCCUCAGAUCUUGUUCACGCUGAGCACAGGCAGAACAGUCAUCUCUUAUGGUCAGUGUGCUGCCCAGUUCUUCUUCUUCACCUUAUGCGCAAGUACAGAGUGUUUCCUGCUGGCUGUGAUGGCCUAUGAUCGCUAUGUUGCUAUUAGCAACCCACUGCUCUACACCAUGGUCAUGAGUCCUAGAAGAUGCUGGGGUUUGAUAAUGGGAGCCUAUGUCUGUGGGGUGUCUGGGUCCAUUCAGCGAACCACAUGCACUUUCUCUAUCUCCUUUUGUGAGGACAAUAGAAUCGACUUCUUCUUCUGUGAUCUCCCACCUCUGCUGAAAUUGGCCUGCAGUGACACAGCAAAUGCUGAGAUUAUCAUUGUUUUAUUUGGGAACUUUGUGAUUCUGGUCAAUGCCUUGGUCAUUCUGAUUUCCUACAUGUUCAUCAUCAAGGCUGUCAUGAAGAUGAAGUCUUCAGGUGGGAGGGCUAAAACGUUUUCCACAUGUGUCUCCCACCUUACAGCUGUGGCUCUUUUCUUUGGGACUCUCACCUUCAUGUAUAUACGGAGCAGCUCAGGCAAAUCCCUGGGGGAAGACAAGGUUGUGUCUGUCUUCUACACUGUGGUCAUUCCCAUGUUGAAUCCUCUGAUCUACAGUUUGAGAAACAAGGAUGUGAAGGCUGCCUUCAGAAAGAUCACUAGUAGAUUCCAGGAGUCCAACAUGUGA